CUUUUAUGCCUUCAGAGCAGUGUCCUGUAUGCGAGGCGCCGGCGCAGUGCUGGUCCGAGGAAGCCAGGAGCGCUUAGGCAUGCUGUCAAAAUGGCUGUAGCAAAUCUUCUGGGCUACUGAUAUGAGCUAUGCGCUGCGACAGGCCUGCCAAAAGGAGAAGCGCUGCGCGUAGCUAGCGGCCUGUAACACACUAGCAAGAGCGCUGUGCUCGGCGUUUUGGUUAAGCGAGGCUAGGCUAGGCUAGGCGUGUUCUCGGGCAGCCUGCAGUCCCCCCGAGGCAGCCCAUAGAGCGAUGCCCAGCACGUGACGCCAUCGACACAUAGGCUAGUUCCACAAAGGGCAGCCUCAGACGCGAUCGACGCGGCAGCAAGGAGAGACCAUGUUCGCGCGGGACUGGCGCGGCGUGGCCUCGGCGCCCGCAAAUGUCGUAGCCGACCCCGUCAGAUGCGUCUCGAACGCCGCGGGCGCCGCCGACGACGGCAGCGGCGUCGUCGCGGUCGUCGGUAAAGAUAAGAUAGGCCGAUUAGUCGAUUUGAGCGGCCUGAACGAUGAGUUAGACGAGACCUUCGGCCACGACUUGCCCGAAGAACAUACCUUCCAUGAACCUUCAGCUGUCUGCCUCAGACAACUAAGAGAAGAUCCAAACAAAGAACCCAAAGAAGAAGUGCAAGAACUGGAUCUGUUCGCCAAGGCCAAGGGCAAGUACGGUUCACGAGCCCAUUUAACCGCGAAGAUGCCCGAGAGGUGCUGCGUCUCGGACGCGGGCCAUCACGCCUGUUUCCUAUUUGAACGUAAAAACGAUAACUGGAUUUACAAAGACACAUUAGGAAGGAUGGAGAGCGGCCACGAGCCCUACGAGCUCUGUCUACCGCGAGGCUGCGCCUGGGAUAGUGAUGAUCAGGUCUAUGUUUCCGAUUGGGGCAACAACCGCAUCCAAGUUUUUGAUCUACCUAGCAUGUCCACAAAGGAAGCCGAGGACUACUCGACCAUGUCCCUGGCGCAGCUCAAACGGGCCGCCCGUCUCUCUAGUCGCGACUUUACGGGAUGUGUAGAGAAGCAAGAAUUUGUGGACAUACUAUCAGCACCAUCAUACAACGAGGCCUUCACUCUCAACACACAAGAACCGUACCAGCGAGGCUACGUCGUGAAGCACGACGACCGGAGCGACGAGCAGAAAGCUCAAGACGCGGCCGAGGAAGCUGAGAGGAAAAAGGCGGCGGCGGCGGCAGAAGCGGAACAAGAACGGAAGGAGCUCGCGCGCCUGCAGGAGAUCGCGGAUUAUGGGGAACCAGGUUCUUCGGAAGAAGAUUCGGAAGAAGAUUCUGACGACGAGACGACGGCGGGGUCGCCCACGAAAUCCAAGGCGUCGCCGGAGAAGCCCGUGGCUGGCCGUGUGGGAAUCAAUCGCGUCGAUGGCGUGGAGGUCGACGCGAGCGUCGAUGGCGUGGAGGGCGACGCAACGAUUUGACACACACACAGGUCACGGGCCCCUGGCUCCUCAACAAGCCGAACGACGUCGCUGUCCGCCACCAGCCUGUUGGGUUGAGGAAGAUGGGUCUCUCGGAGCGGGGCCGGUGUAAAAGGGCCUGGGAGCGCGACGCGCCGUUCUGGUACCUUGGAAGUAUGUCUAGGAAGGAGGCGAAUGACAUCUUGAUGAGUUUGAAACCGGGCGCGUGGCGUAUUAGGGUAGAAGAACGUCGUACAGUGGAAUUGGUGUUGUGUCACAAGAGCCCGGAAGGCGACACGAUCUUACAGCAUUCGAUAUUACCGGUAAACCCCCACAAAUGGGUCGAUGGACCGUUCCGGUCCAUGGUCAACGGCAAACUAGCUUUGUUAUACUACAAAGCUAGGGCACAACCAGGUGAAAGACCUCCUAAUAUUGAUGCCAACGGUGAUUAUCUGUUGGAAGUCGUGGACUUGGAUGAGAUCCUCGAAGUGCUGUGCAGACAACACAACCUGUCCUAUCCGUUGCGGGGCGAUCCCUGGGGGGCUAGGCCUUACAGGACCAUCGCCGUCGCUGACACCGGGAAUAACCGAAUAGCCCUCUUCCAGUACGCCUGCAAGCGCUUCGCUCUAUGGAGAGCGAACUACCGCUACGCCCAGGAAGUCAAGGCGUCGAACGGGAUCGUACUGAAGGAGCCCGGAUCCGUGGCGUUCUCGCGCGACGGAGAUUUAGUAGUAGGGGACGUCAAGGAUGAUGUCGACUGGACCGAGGCGGUAGGUGGUGAUGUAAGGGCAGCAAUAGAACAAAGGAAGAAGAUUCCCGGGCGAGCUGUCGUACUGGGAGCGCCGUCGUACAAAGUUACUUGCGUGAUCAUAUUACGGGCGGAACCGGUGCCGCCCCUGCCGCCACCGCCCUUAAAGGGGUGUGAUGACUCGUUUGACCCUCGUCUCGCGAAGGACAACGACGUUUGUGUUGCGGGUGCGAUCGGUGGAGCCGCCCCCAUCGUGACGUUUUGGGGUGAGGGCGAGGACGUGACUGGACUCGCAAGGCCGCCGCGACUAGGUGUGGUCUGCCGAGGCAGUACGAAGUGGGGGCCUUGCGGGGCCUUGCAAGGGUGUAUUAUUCGAAGAGCUGGUGCCUUAGCUCGAUUGCCCCAGGAGAUCCUAUACAAAGCCAUAGAAUACCAAGGGUUAAUAGAUGCGAUGGGCUCCGUAUCCUUGUGCAACUGGGCCUUGCGCAACGCCGCGCAGGAGUUGCGGAACGACUGGAAAUUGGAACCACUCACUUCUACAGAGCUCAAAAAAUGUAAAAGACUGUUCGCGAAAUAUGCUCGUCGUAAAGACGGGAAACUAGCGGUCUCGACGCGAGUAGAACCGUGGCUCCCGCCCGGCGUCAUCGAGGUGAAGCGCUUGCAGAAAUCACUGGAGCUGAACCAGAACACGUCGUACGCUUUACGAGAAAUAGAAGAGAAAAGAAAGAAUUUCCUCGAGCGAGGCGGCGAUCUGGAUUCACUAGAUAUGUUACAACGAAAGCAAUGGAAGGCUAGAGCAUUCGAGGGCGACCUGUCGGAUGACGACGAUACGGAUACGAAGAUAGGGUAUGUGGACUUUUCACGAGGCACGUUCUGCGCCGUGGCCGAGGCGUACGGGUCCCAGUUCUGGUUUACGAGAAGAGGCGCCAUCGCCGAGAAUUUCUGCGAGAUGGCUCGUGAGGUCGAGAUCGAGGAACGGAUUGAUGCUGUCAGUAGGUGGGGCGAACGGGCCCGGUAUCGCGAUUCUGAGAUUAUUUUAUCAAGAUGUCUCGAUGGGGACCAGUUCCUGGAGUUCUGGACGAGACUGCAAGAGAGUAUCCAUGGUGUUAGACCUUGGUACGAAAGCUCGAAGGAUUCGCCGGGCGGGUUGCUGCUACGAGCGUUAGAUGACGACACGGAGGCGGCCAACGUCGCGUUGGCGUCGACGUCGCCACAUGCUUCCGAUAAACAGUUAGUAGACGCCCACGUGGAUGGCUAUGAUUUCCAAGCGUUAAAUGGCGUCCAGGCCAUCGACCGGUUGUUUCAAAGGGAGCUGCCUGUAUCUGGCCCGGGGUCGUCGAUUCCGACGCUACCUCUGCUCGAAGAGGCCGUGCCCGACGACAUUGAAGCGUUGGCGCCGGCGCCGGCGCCGGCGCCUUCACGUAAACCGGGCGAGCGCCUCGCGGCGAUGUCAGGACGGAAGGGCUUCGGGGCCGACUUCUUCGCGGCGGCCGGUCAAACUGUGAGAGAUGAGUCCCCUCGAUCACUAUUGAAGAAACAUAACGCGCAGCUGGCGAAGAAAGGGCUGGUGUGGCGCCUGUCCCAAGCGAAGACUGCGUCGGAAGCCGAACCACCGGCGCCGGCGCCGGCGCCCGCGGCCGAAGCGCCGCCGCCGCCGCCCGGUAAAACAUCGUGGGACCGGCUCUUCGCGGCGACCGGGGCCUACGACGAUGAACUCACGCCGAGGACCUUGUUGAAACAACACAACAGCACGCGCGGCUUCUCGUACGACUUUCCCGACGAUAUUUACAGUGACUACGAGGAGGAUGAGAUGUGGGUCGAGGGCGGAGGAACCGUGGGCGGAGAAACCGUGGGCAGCCGACAGACCAUGGGCAGCCGAGGGAGCCUGGGCUCGCGAGGGAGCCUGGGCAGUCGCCGGAGCGGCAAGAGCCGCGCGGAGCGAAUCGCCGAGCAGAAGGCCGAGCUCGAGCGCCAGCGCGCCGAGGCCAAGGCGAAGGCAGAACAAGCGCGCGUUGAUCGUGAACUCAUGCGCCAGCGCGUAGCAGAAGCCGGGGGGAAAUGGCACGCGUUCAGAGAGGAGAACGGCUUCUUACGUAACGAAGAGAACUGGCGCGAGUUUAUGUAGUAAUGACAACAAUAUAUUA